GCCGGGGGGGAGGCUGGCCGCCUGCCGCGGGCUCGGGCCGGUGGGGAGGCGGCUGCGCCGGUGGCUCCCCUUGCUCGGCGCUCUGGGCUGCCGGGCGCCCCGCGCCAUGUUCUCGGUGCUCUCCUACGGCAGGCUGGUGGCGCGGGCGGUCCUGGGCGGCCUCUCUCAGACGGACUCCCGCGACUACAGCCUGGUGACAGCCAGCUGCGGCUUCGGCAAAGACUUCCGCAAGGGCAUCCUCAAGAAAGGCAUGUGCUACGGGGAUGACGCCUGCUUCGUGGCCCGGCACCGCUCGGCAGAUGUGCUGGGUGUAGCAGAUGGUGUUGGUGGCUGGAGAGACUAUGGGGUUGACCCUUCUCAGUUCUCAGGGACUCUAAUGCGAACAUGUGAACGUUUAGUAAAAGAAGGACGGUUUGUACCAAGUAAUCCUGUUGGAAUUCUCACCACAGGUUAUUGUGAGCUGCUGCAGAACAAAGUACCCUUGCUUGGAAGCAGUACAGCUUGUAUAGUAGUUCUAGACAGAACAAGUCAUCGUUUACAUACAGCCAACUUGGGAGAUUCUGGAUUUUUGGUAGUCAGAGGAGGAGAAGUAGUACAUCGAUCUGAUGAACAGCAGCAUUACUUCAACACUCCGUUCCAGCUGUCAAUAGCUCCACCUGAAGCAGAAGGAGUUGUCUUAAGCGACAGCCCUGAUGCUGCUGAUAGUACUUCUUUUGACGUCCAACUUGGAGAUAUUAUUUUGACUGCAACAGAUGGACUCUUUGACAACAUGCCUGACUACAUGAUUCUUCAGGAGUUGAAAAAGCUAAAGAACUCAAACUAUGAGAGUAUACAGCAGACUGCAAGAAGCAUUGCUGAGCAGGCUCAUGAGCUGGCAUAUGAUCCCACUUACAUGUCACCGUUUGCACAGUUUGCGUGUGACAAUGGAUUGAAUGUGAGAGGGGGAAAACCAGAUGAUAUCACCGUCCUUCUUUCUAUUGUAGCUGAAUAUACAGACUGAUUUGCCCAGAGUGUCAGCUUCUGAUGUUUUGAUUAUCCCUGAGCUCCUAGCUUCACAUGUACAGUUUCCUGCUGGCAGGAUUGCUUUCUUUGCAGCUGAUCUCAGCAGCCAGUUUUCAAGCUCGUUGCCUGUCUUGAGACACAACUGAAGUCCUUGUUAAGAACCACUCUUCUAGUACACUGGUCUUUGUCUGCCAGCAAGAAAUGAAGAAACUCAAGGCUUGAAGCAUGUCUUUCAGAGCUUAGUAAUUGUCCGUAAAAGGGGGAGGAUCAAUCGCACAUUGUUACUGCAUUUGAAAUGUGACUUACUUUCAAAUGGUAAAUUGGUUUAUCAUCAUUCAAACUAGAUUUAAUAGAGAAAACCUCUACAAGAGGGCGUGUUACUAUAUCUCCUAGAAACAUUCACCAUUCAUUAAAGGGUAUGUUACAGAACACAGUUUCAGAAGCGUAGUCUUGUUACAGUGAUAGCUGAGGUUUUGUGUUUCUAAGCUCCAGUUUUCAGGAGACUUUAUAACUGCUGUAAACAUUUUGCUUUUGUCAUACAUGGUGUCAGCCUAGGAGCCUUUUCUAGUAUAAAAUUUCAAAAACAUAGUUCAAGUUAUAUGGAUGCAAAUGUGUUUUGUGAUUUCAGGUGCUUAACUGUGAUCUUAAAAGUUCUGCAGAUCAUUUGUCCAUAAUGGGCCUGGUAUCUGGAUGUUUUGGCUAUGGGUAAACUUUUUUUAAAAAAAAAAAAAAAAAAAACAGAAGUUGUGAUUUCAGUCUCAAAAUCCAAAAUGGUCAAAGCUGAGGUCCCUGCAGCAUUUUAACCCAUUUCGCCAGCACGUGAUGAUUUGGCAUAAGUGCUACAGUGAGAGGUUGCAUGAAGUACAGAAUCAUCCUCAACUCUGAACUUCUUUGUUUUUGGCAGAUAAUUCUGUUAACUGAACAUAAUUUGUGUUGAUAUUGCUAUUCUUGCUUAGAUAGAACAGAAUAUGUUGCACCAAUUUAAGUCAAGUUGAUCCUUGUCUUUCUAACUCUCAAACAUGCACCUCUGCUUAUGCUGUGGCAGCAGCAGUUAAGUACAAAAAUAGAAACUUAACUGAAUAAUUAGCAAAACUUACAUUUCAGUAACUGAAGUUUAGGAUUUUCAGAACGAACCUUAAUGAUGUUUACAGUUAUCUAAUAGUCACUUUGCAAUAUUACAUUUCCUUUCAAAUUACAGUAUCUCACAAUUGUUCCCCCCCCCCAUUCCGUCAAGCUCUCAUUUGUUUCCUGAGGCUCAUAUAAAAAGCUGAGAGCUGUAAAGAUUAUAUAUAUUUUUGGUCAUUUUUCAUUAACUUUUUUGCUGGUAGAAAAGUAUGUAGAAAUAAAUUAAAGCCAUGUUUUUAUAUAUAAAAAGUCGGGUAAUGUUGAUGUUUAGGUGAGUGCAGUUAAACUUGGUCAGUAAGUAAUCUUACCUAAUAUCAAAAGGAGAUUUUUACUACCUAGUUUAUUGUAUUAAAACUGUUUAAGUUUGAGGUUACCUCAACUUGUUUAAAGAAUUUUUUGUGGACUUGUACUGUAUAUUUGCGUAACUAUGUCAAGCUUUUAUUUAAGAUCAUUUAACAUGUACCAUGUACAUGUCACUUUACUAUAUUUCAAUGCAUCAUGCUUGUAACAGGCAUUUCAUUUAUAAUAAGUGAUUAAUUUGGAAGCUCUUCAGUAAUUUAUCUGCUAUUCCUAAAUUGGCAUAAUGUUAGCUAUCUAUUUUAAAUCACCUUAUAAUUGUCAAAAUGCCUUAAGUACCCUAACUUGACCAAAAUAUUAUUUUGGUGAGGGUAUGGGGAGGAUUAUAUUAAUGAAGAAAAACUAAUUAGUUUUGUGAUAUAUGGAACAGUGAGUGGUGGAUAACUUUGCACAAAUUGUCAGUCCUUGUUAUUUUUUAAAAUUGAACAAGCUGUAUCUAGCUGUCUUGUUAGAAGGAAUGUAUUCAUGCUGCAGUAUAGGGCUUUGUUUCUAGUAUUUGGGAGGGCAGUUUCUCUCUCAGAUCUGGGUAUCUUUACAUUUUAUUCUUCAGUAUUUACUAUCAUGCUUCUUUAUUAGAGCAGAUUUGAUCAAUUAUUCUUUCCCUUGAACUUCAAAUAAUGCCCUGGUAGACCUGGACUGUUUUGCACUCUGACCCUUUACUCAGUACACUCAUGUCCAGUCGUUGUUUUUUUUCCACUUGCUAGAACUUUAAAUUGGGAGAUGUGUGUGGAUCAGAUAAAUGAGUAUGGCAAAGGUGCUUGCCCCCAAGUGAGACGUUGCAUGCGCUGUACUCUGCCUCUUUUGAUCCUGGGUCUGGAACCCGAGAUCGUGGAGAUUCAGCCACCUUUACAGAAGCUAAACUGUGCUGCCUGGUGGGUUUGAGUCUAAGCCUUGCUAUUUGUGUUAAAGCAGUUUUUAGCUGAGUGGUAUAUAUAAAGCCAUUUGCCUCAUAUCACAUCUUUUUUUUUUUUUAAUAAAGAACAAAUUUGGAUUUUAAUUUACGAAUCAUGAGUUUAUCCCUCACUGGACACACCAAAGACCAGUAAAGCUUAUAGCUUUUCCAUCUGUUUAUAAAGCAAUACUGUAUUAUAAAGAAUUAAUAUUUUUAUCACAUGCUUGAUUGUUUUUGUUUUUUUUAAGAUGUGCACUCUAAACAUAUCAAACCUAAUUUCUUCCUAUGAACUUAAGCUGUCUGCGCACAAAAAAUUGUUUGAAAAGGAAAUGACAGGGCCCAUAAUAUUAAAAUACCUUUAAAAGAUGCAUGAAGCAGUAACACUUUCUAGGGAUAGAUUAUUGUGACUGUUUAUGAGAAGAAUGUACAAGAAAGGUGUGCCAUGAAAUGGAAGCCUGCGUGAAUGGAGAACAAGUUGGCUUCCAGCUGCUGCAGAGACUUUUACAUUUCUGAUCAGGAGCUGGCUGUUAGGGAGCAGUAAUUUGAAGGAGAAGGAAGAGUUUUAUAUACUGGUAACCUAUGGUACACAGAAUAUAAUAGCAUUUGCAGGAGUCAGGAUUUCUGCAACAGUGUUACUAGGUAUAUGGGUAAAAAAGAAAAAAAAAGGGCUAAGAUAUGGUGAAUUGAAAAACUGUGGUUCCUUGCUACUUUUAUGGCUAUCUUUGGGAGACCUGCAGCAUACAGUUUCCCUCUAUAUUUACUUUCUCUGUGUUCAUAAAGAAGGUAUGGCCAAAAAAGGGAGGAAAGGAAAAAAGAAAAAAAAAAAAAAAAAGAAGAAGAAGAAGAAGAAGAAAUUUUUCGGGACCAGAUAGUUAUGCCAGAGUAAGGGAGAGGUGAAGUUCUGGCAAAGAUGCAAAGUAUUUUGUGGUUGAAUCUCUCUCUUGGUAAUGGACAUCUUUUCUCCAAGGGAAAACCAGACUGUGUGUGUGUAGUAACUGUAUGAAGUAGUUUCUUACAAAGAUAGCUGAAGUAAUAAAGCAAAUCUGAGUCUGUAUCUAAUGAGGAUGCUUUUUUUGUUGUUGUUUUGUUAAAAUGAGACUAUCAUCUAUGCUUACCUAAGAGGCAAUUAUGUGAAUUUCAUGUCUGAGGUAUAACUUAUGCAGGAAUAGUUCUGUAAAUACAUUUAAAUGAGUUGUAAAGAUAUUUAAUAAAUAUAGUAUUUAUACUAAAA